GUUCUCACGACCACUGAUGCCCAAAGCCAGCGUUCUAAACAUAAUGUUCAGAACGCCGGGGUGCGGGGCCGGAGUUGGCACCACAAACUUGAUUUUUACAUCGGGAUGAAUAUAUCUGUGUGUCACGUCACCGAUGAUAUUAUUGGAAUACACUGUAUAGACUGAGUAUAUUGCAAAAGCUCUUCAGUAAAGCAGCACCUAAUAUCAGAGAAGUGUAAUCGCCCAUCGCAUAUCCUAUUUAGCAAAGUGCUUUGCAGCAUCUACCAUAAGGAGCACCAUUAAAUCUACUAAGAAUCUUCCCAAACCUUGGCGGGACCACAUAAGCUUAAUGUCCCCUAGCAUCUUAACCAGGACAUAGACCGGAGUCCACUGCUUGGGAUAUAGGAAACAGAGAAUCACUUCAUGUAACGGUAAUACAGUGUGAAGACUAUUGCCUACCUGCACUCGAUUUCUUAAAUACAAGAUGGCAGUUCUUAAAGUAAAGUUCUCUAAGACAAGAAGGGGAAAAUUAGCUCAAGUCUUAUGGAUUCUUAACUGGAUCUCCGUGGUGACCGGACUUAUUAUUUUUAGCCUUGGUCUUUAUUUGAAAAUUGAAAUCAAGAAGCGAAGUGAAUUGAUGUUGAGUGGAAACAUCCAGUCGGUUCCCAACAUGCUGAUUGCUGUAGGUACCAUAGCUUGUGUCAUCAAUUUCUUUGGUGGAAAGAUCUGUUAUGACUGUUCGGACGCAAAUAAGUUUUCUAGAUGGAAGCUGUUUAUGUUACCCUAUAUAAUCUGCACGUUUUUCUUCACAUUCUGCGUCUUUGCUGGAGCCAUUAUGUGCUAUACCAUGAGAAAUGAACUGGAGUCUGCUCUAUAUCGAGGACUCAAAGAUGCUUUGAAGUAUUACAAGGACACAGACAUCCCGGGACGUUGUUUUCUAAAAACGACUAUAGACAUGCUUCAAAUUGAGUUUCAAUGUUGUGGGAACAAUGGCUUCCGGGACUGGUUUGAAAUCCAGUGGAUAUCUGGACGUUACCUGGAUAUGAGUUCCAAAGAGACCAUAGACCGUUUCAAAAGCAACGUGGAUGGAAAAUACUUAAUGGAUGGUGUUCCCUUCAGCUGCUGUAACCCCAACUCUCCCCGGCCUUGUAUCCAGUAUCAGAUUACUAACAACUCUGCUCAUUAUAACUACGAUUACCUCUCCGAAGAGCUGAACAUCUGGCUCCGGGGUUGCCGACAAGCUCUCCUGGAAUAUUAUGACAACCUCAUGCAGUCCAUUGGUCUCACUGUACUACUGGUUUGGCUUUUUGAGCUGUCAGUGCUGACUGGAGUGCGUUACCUUCAAACUGCAAUGGAGAACGUCUUGAUUUUGGGAGACCCAGAGUCUGAAUCUGAUGGAUGGUUACUGCAAAACAGCUGCAUGGAAACGGCCAAACAUAAUUUCGCAAUAAUUAAGAAUCUUGGCAAAAUCAACCAGAUUUCCACCCUUUCAGGAAAAUCUGACCCUAAUGUGGACAUUCCAGUAGCAGAUUAUGGACCAGAUAACGUUCCACCAAGCUCCAUCCCAACAGACAGCUGACCACAAUACUUGCCUCGGCUGAAGUGAAUGUAAAAUACCUGAGAAAGGACUGAAAAGGGUUAAGUUUAAGGUUUGAACUGAGUUGUCAAGGGCCUACCGAGGGCAUGGGGCCAGGAAGUGGAAAAAAAAAAGUCUUGGGAGUGAAUGAAAAUGAACUUUAGUCAUUGUCAAAGGACUUAUAGACAGUGAUAGAGCUUAUGUCUAUGUUUAUUCGAUGAUAGAAAGGUGGUUCUCAAAAGGUGUUUCUGCACUUUUAAUACAUUUU